AUGCGAGCGUUGAGGGACUUUAACCUUCCCAAAAUAGUGACCAGUGACGUCCCUAUAUUCCUGGGUCUGAUCAGUGACCUGUUUCCCCAGCUGGAUGUCCCCAGGAAGAGAGACCCAGAGCUGGAGACGGCUGUACGACAGUCAGUCAGCGAACUACACCUGCAGCCGGAGGAAAACUUUAUACUCAAGGUGACUCAGUUGGAGGAGCUGCUGGCUGUCAGACACUCCGUGUUUGUAGUAGGGGGAGCUGGGACGGGGAAGAGCCAGAUUUUGAAGACCCUCCACAGAACGUAUGCUAAUCUGAGGAUGAAGCCUGUGUGGCACGACAUCAACCCUAAAGCUGUGACCACAGACGAACUGUUUGGCUAUCUACACCCUGCUACCAGAGAAUGGAAGGACGGCCUGUUCUCCUCCACUAUGAGGGAGCUGACACGACAGGUGGGCCACGACGGGCCCAAGUGGAUUGUUCUGGAUGGAGACAUAGACCCCAUGUGGAUAGAAUCCCUCAACACUGUCAUGGAUGACAACAAGGUGUUAACCUUGGCCAGUAAUGAGCGUAUCAGUCUAUCUUCCUCCAUGCGUCUGCUUUUUGAGAUCAGCCAUUUGAGAGCGGCAACCCCAGCCACAGUCUCCCGCGCCGGGAUACUUUACGUCAAUCCACAAGACCUGGGCUGGAGCUCGUACGUGACAAGUUGGAUUGACACCAGGCUGGCCCAAUCAGAGCGAGCCAACUUGACCAUCCUGUUUGACAAGUACGUCCCCUACUGCCUGGAGCAGGUCCGCUGUAACCUCAAGACCAUCACUCCUAUACCUGAGAACAGCAUGGUGCAG